AAACUUAAUUUCCUCUUUCCUUAUUCCGGCGGAGGCGGCGGCGAUGGCGACCGAAGCUCCCCUGCAGGAUUUGCUGGAAGAAGCCACCUGCUCCAUUUGCCUGGACUUCUUCAAGGACCCCGUGCUCAUCCCGCGGUGCGGCCACAACUUCUGCCGGGGCUGCCUGACCCGCAGUUGGGGGUCGUCGGAAUCGGAGGCUUCCUGCCCCCAGUGCAGGCAGACCUUCGCCCCCCGCAGCCUCCUCCCCAUUAGGCAGCUGGCGCGGGUGGCUGAAGUAGCCAGGCGAUGCGGAGGCCAUCCGGGGGAGGAAGGUGGGAAUUUCUGCCCGAAGCACCGGGAGCCCUUCAAGCUCUUUUGUAAGGACCACCAGACCCUCAUCUGCGUGGUCUGCGACCGAUCCAAAGAGCACAAGGGCCACUCGGUGAUCCCUGCGGAGGAGGCUUUCCCGGAAUACCAGACGAAGGUGGAGGAUUGCCUGAAGGCUCAGAAGGAGCAGAAAGAAAAAAUAGCUACAUACAAAAGAGACACAGAGGAAAAAGUGCAGGAGAUGCUUGAUAUCAUCAAAAAAGAGAGAGAAAAUGUAGUGGCCGAAUUCAGAGAGCUACAACUCUGGUUAGAAGGACAGGAGAAGCUUCUAUUGACUAGAAUGGAAGAGACGGAGAAGGAGAUUAUGGCAAGAAAGGAGGAGGGUUUGGCCAGGCACAUGAAGGAACUCUGCUCUCUUGACCAUCUCAUCCAGGAGAUAGAAGAGAAGCUUCAGCAGCCAGCCAGCAAACUCUUACAGGAAAUGCUUUGUCUCUUUAUUUUUCAGGACAUUGGAGGCAUCGUGAAGAAGUACCAGGCUAAGGAAACAUAUGAGAAUCCGGAGGAUUUACUUCUAGAGCCAGAGUGGACAAUCUGGGAUUACAGUGAUACCACUGUGCUUCUGAAAAGUGUCAUUAAAAAAUUGAGAGAUACUCUGGAAAGUGGAUUUCAACUACACAAAGUGAAUGUAACUCUGGAUCCAUACACAGCCAAUCCUGACCGCCUUGAUGUCUCCAAAGAUCAAAAAAGUGUCAGAGGAGUUGAGCCAGUUAAAGAAAACAAUCGUUUCUCAGACCGCAACAGAUUUGUAUAUAAUCCUUGUGUCCUUGGCUGUCAGAUGUUCUCAACAGGGAGACAUUUCUGGGAAGUUAUUGUAGGAGAUAGAGGAGGAUGGGGUGUAGGGGUUGCCAACAAGCCAGUGAACUUAACAAAUGUUGAUGAGCAGACCAGGCGGUGGGAGUUUUGGAAAUGUGGAGGGAAACACACGGCCGCCUCUCCAUCAGAAUGCUAUGACCUGUUCCUGAGUGAGGAGCCCAAGAGGAUCCGCGUCUCUCUCAACUGCGAAGGGGGACAAGUGAGUUUUUUUGAUGCCAGCACAGCAACUCUUCUCCAUACAUUCUCAGACGCUUCCUUGGUUGGGGAGACCCUUCUGCCCUAUUUCUGUUUGCCUCUUGGUGCCUGCGUGACACUCCCCUAAAAGAAGGAACCUCCAUAGACAAAACUUUGGAAAAAUCCCUAUUUGCCAAGCGGGGAUCUCUGAAAGCCCUUAAAGCAGAGUUUCCUUAGCUAUUUGCUACUUCAGCCUCCUUUAUUCUUCUGACCCUGACACUGAUCACUCAAUCAGCCAAUGAAGGAAUAACUUGAUCAUCAUUUCUAUUUCUCUGCAUAAAAAAACCAAGGUGUCCUAGGAGCUUUAUAGGCUUUAGCAUCGUGUAUCAGCAUUAAAGAUAUAAGCCUGUCAAUCAUGAUUUUAUAUGUCUGUCACAGCUCUCCAUCCCAUUUAUGGAUCAUGCUUGUUUGUUUCAUGUUUGUUGCAAUCAAUGAUUGUGUAGGUGCCCAUAACUUGGUAUAUUCUGUAAUCUUUCCCUUCGUUUUUUCUUUCCUUCCCCCCUUUUAGCCAGUUUCCUUUUGACACAUAAUUGUCAUGAUCCAACAAACCCUAGCAGGGCUUCAGCAAGUAUUACUCUCAGUAUAAGCUUUAUAGCCUCACAGGUUUAUUUAUUUAUUUUUUACAAAUCCUAGUUCUUUUUCUAUCUUUUUAUACUUACGUAAGUUAUCUAAAAUAAUUAUAGGUGAAUCAUGGAUUGUGUCUGAUCACACUUGGCCCAAUAAAGCUGUUGUUCUGCUGUA